AUGCACGCGUGCGCGACCAUGCUCAACAGGAAGCCGGCGUCGCUGAAGCGCGCGUUCGAGCGGCGGCACCCGCAGCUGGCGGGGGAGGCGGACAGCGCGCUCUACGCCAGCCACCUGCUGCUCUUCGCGCUCCACCGCGCCCUCCGCGCCCGCACCCUGCGCACCGCGCUCGCCGCCUCCAAGACCGUACCACUGGACCAACUUCUGUACCGCAGCAUAACCACCUUCGCCACUCUGCACCGCAUGCACCUUGCCACGCAGCAGCAGCGCGCGCGGCGGGAGGCAUCCAGCAAGAGCGCGGCGGGGGGCAGGGGAGCGCCGCCCAGGCCGCCGUCCAUGGGGCUCGAGCAGGUAGGCGCUGGCGUGGCAAUGAUGGGUGGCGGCAGCAGUGGUGGGGAGGAAGUUCUCUGCGCACCCACUCCUCUUCUGCUUCUGCUUCCUCCCACUCUCCGCCCAUCCCAGCAGCAGGUGCAGGCGGGCAUUGGAGAGGAGGAGAGCAACGCGGACAAGGAGCGGGCGGCGCAGGCGGAGGCGAUGGCGCUGGGGUUCACACGAGUGGCGCCGCUGCUGGGGGAGCUGGCCACGCCCGCCACGGCCGCCUGCCUGCACCACCACCUCGCCUUCACGCGCGCUGCCAACUCGCCCUCCGCCCACCCGCCCCCAACAGGCCUCUCUGCCGACCGCAUGCACCAGUUUGUGGCCGCCGUGGCGCACGAGCAUGCGGCGAUGAGCAAGCGCACGGGGGUGGCGGCAGCGGCGUUGGGGUUGCAGGAGAGGGAGGUGGUGGUGGCGGAGAGUGACGCCACCCUCUACAUCGACGCACCGGGCGCGCCCAAGACACUCGUGGGCCAUGGCCGCCUCUACCUCACCCCCCUCGCCCUCUACUUCCAGGUGCGCCCUCUACUUCCAGGUGCGCCCUCCUUCUCACACAGCACCACCUCUCUUCUCCACCUGCUGCACCUGCCUUGCGCCCACACUCCCCACCUUACUCCCUUAUCGAUCCCCACAACUCUUCUUCGCCUUCCCCACCUCCAACUCCCCCCCACCUCCCUCUCCCUCCAGGCGGACGCCACGGGCUUUCUGCGCACGGUGGCGGGGAGGGUGGAGCGCUUUGAUCUGGCAGCGGUGGGGGCGGAGGCGGCGGUGGCAGCGGUGGCGCCGGACGCACUCGCUCUCAACGUCUUUUCCAUGACGCGCUCCCUCGCCCUCUCCUCCCGCCUGCAGGCAACGUGGACGGUGGAGUUCAUAGAGUACAAGCUGCAGCGCCAGCGCGACCUCUGGCAGGCGCUGCUGGGGGAGGUGCUCGCGCUGCACGCCUUCCUUGCUGACUACCGCCCCGCACCCAAUGAGGUGCUGCCAGCUGGCACGCACGAGCAGGAGUAUGCUGAAGAUGAUGACCUCAGCGAUGACGUCAGCGAUGAUGAUGAGGGGGAGGUGGAGGACGAGGAGGAAGAGGAGGAAGGGGAUGAGGAGGGGAAGGAGGAAGGGGAGAAGGCAUCGUUGGAGGUGUUGCUGUUGGAGGAGGGCAGUCAGCAGGCUGUGUGGAUGAUGGUCAACGCCGUGCUGCAGCUGCAGGCCCUGCAAACGGUGAUCGGCAGCACGCCUGCGCACCCGUGCCGUCUGCUGCCCUUCUCAUGGGCGCGCACCGUGCCCGAGGGCCACCUGGUGGAGCAGGCGCUGGCGCUGCUGCUGUGGGGCCCGCAGCGCCUGCCCGCCCUGCGCACCGCCAAGUGGUCCGCCAAGCGCCUCGCGCUGCUGCUCAAGGGGGGGGCAAGGGGGGACGAGCGCGCAGGGGGGAGGGGGGGAAUGGUGAUGUCCCCAAGGGAGCUGUUUCUGAUGAGUAAGGGCGGGCAGGGGAGCGGGUUCGGGCAGGGUGGCGAGGAGGAGGAAGGCGAGCGGAGUGGCAGGGGGGAUGCAUGGAGCGGUGCUGCUGGCGGGCUCAGACCUCUGGGACGGGAGAGGGAGGAGCUAGCAGACAGGGCGCAGGCGACAGUGGAGGGGUCGCUCAUUGACGACAUCCCCAGCAACGUCACUCUCCUCCUGCAUCUGCUGCGCCCGGUGUACAGCGGGGUGCGGGCGGGGGUGGACAUCAUACAGUGGAAGGAGCCGCUCGCCACCAUCCUCGCCGCCAUGCUCUGCCUCUUCCUCGUCAACGGGGGAUACUUCUGGCUCCUACCGGCGCUGCUGCUGUUGCUUCUCGCCGCCAUCAUCAUCUACUACCGCCUCACUAACCCCUCCUCGCCGCCCGCACAACCCUCCUCUCUCCCCCACGGCCCCGGCUCCCCCAAGUCCACACCCUCAAAGCUGACCUCCGGCAGCCCCGCCCUGGCGUCCUCACCGGCACCAGCAGCGUCAGCAGCAGCGGGGGGGCGGUGGGGCAGGGGGGGCGGGGCGAUGCGCAUGCUGGUGGUGGAGAUGGAGCCGUCGCCCACCACCAUGGGGGCAGUGCUGAUGGUGAAGGACGGCAUCGCAGCGGCGCUCACAGUCUUCCAGCGCAUCAACGUCGCUCUGCUCAAAGUGCGCAGCAUCUUCCAGUCCGCCGAGCCGCAGUCAUCACCGGUCUCCCCUUCUAUCACCCCUCCCCCUGAGCAUCACCCCUCCCCCUGUGCAUCACCCCUGCACCUGUGCAUCACCCCUCCACCUGUGCAUCACCCCUCCCCCUGUGCAUCACCCCUGCCCCUGUGCAUCACCCCUUCCCCCCACAGCUCUCAGACAAGGCUGCUGCUGCUGCUGCUGCUGCUGGCGGGGGCGGCAGCGGCUGUGGUGGUGCCGCUGCUGGUGCCGGCGCGGGUGAUUGGCACGGUGGCAGUGCUGCACGUGUUCUCCGCCUACUUCAACUUCCAGAAGCAGAAGGGCGGCCCACAGACCUCCUCCGUGGGCCACAAGCUGCGGCGCUGGUGGCAGCUCGUGCCCGUGCCGCCCGUCAGGGUCGUCGUCGCCGGCUCUGCUGCCGCUGCAGCGGCGUCCACAACUGCCUCGGGUGGCGACAAGCUGAAGUGA